UCAGUGGGAGGAGGCGCGCACCGAUCUGACGUUAAGUUCCAAAGCAGAAGCACCACCCGGGAUUCCCACCCCCACGGCCCCACCUCCUCCUCCAUCCACUUUCUUCUCCUCACUCCUCGCCGUGGUCUCCAAUGGGCUCAGCUUCAGAUGAUCUCAGGGAGCACCUGCUGGACGUGGACAGGCCCGGGGAGAACGGCGGAGGAGCUGGGGCGGCCAAGAUACGGGUGCGGGGGCUGCGGCGGCGGGCGGACGCGACCGGCGAGGAGAUCCUGCGGGGCGUCGACCUGGACGUGCCGCGCGGGCUGGUGAUGGGCGUCAUCGGGCCCAGCGGCAGCGGCAAGUCCACGCUGCUCCGCGCGCUCAACCGCCUCUGGGAGCCCGCGCCCGGCGCCGUGCUCCUCGACGGCGCCGACAUCUGCAGCCUCGACGUCCUCGCGCUCCGCCGCAAGGUCGGCAUGCUCUUCCAGCUCCCAGCCAUGUUCGACGGUACCGUUGCAGACAACGUGCGCUACGGGCCGCAGUUGCUCGGCAAGAAGCUCACGGAAGCCGAAGUGCGGAACCUGCUGAACCUAGCCGAUUUGGACCCUGCUCUGUCCUCCAAGCCGGCCUCCGAGCUGUCCGUCGGCCAGGCGCAGCGCGUCGCCUUGGCCCGCACCCUCGCCAACGACCCCGAGGCAUGCGAACGAACACAGACGCUUCUUCCUCCAACUGUUUUCGCAUGCCGUCCUACCGCUUCUGACAAUUUGCUGCAGGUGCUCCUGCUGGACGAGCCGACGAGCGCGCUGGACCCCAUAUCGACGCAGAACAUCGAGGAGGCGAUCGUGCGCCUGAAGAAGACGAGGGGGCUCACCACGGUGAUGGUCUCGCACAGCGUGAAGCAGAUCCAGCGCAUCGCGGACCUGGUGUGCCUCGUCGUCGACGGCGAGAUCGUGGAGGUGCUCCCGCCGUCCGAGCUGUCCGAUGCCAAGCACCCGAUGGCCCGGCGCUUCUUGGAGCUCAGCUAGAAACUGAUCGCCGCCUCGAUCUAUCUGCUCUGAGCAAGAGGAAGAUCCAAGAAUAUGUUGUCUUCCGUGUAACUAGGGUUUGUUACUGUAAUCUUGAUACGAUGCAUCCUUUGCUGUUCGGCGAGCGGGAAGUCAGAUGGUCAACUGAUCUCAUCUGAUGCCCUACUACGUUUUCAUGUGUACAAACUAUAAAAGUAUCUUUGGGAGCUAAGAGUGUGUGUAACAUGAACAAAUUCUUGGAUGAUUUGCUCUAUCUUUGAGAGUUAAGCA